AUGAUUUUUAAUAAAUAUAAAAAAAAAGUGAAAAACACCAAAAGGGAAUAUUGUAAUGUGCCAGAAGAUGAUAACAAAGAAAAGACGGUUUUAUCAAAUAUAGUUACUAACGAAAAAUGUUUUAAAAAUAUUAUAUUAAAAAAUUAUUUUAAAAUAAUCCUAAAAAAUAUAUAUAACAAUUUUUACAAAAACAAUCAUUUUUUUGAAAUUGUUCUAUAUGUGGACAUAAUAAAAAUAAUAGACUCAGGAUUAUAUGAUGACUGCCAGAUAACUACAAACUUUAUUUCAUUUACCAAAAAAUUCAACAAAACUGUGUACAUUUUAUUUUCGGAGUUUUUAGAAAAUUUUAGGAAUGAAAACGAUAAAAAAGAUUUUAUAAAUUAUUUGGAUAUUUUAUUAAAGAAUAAAUUUUUUACUAUUAUUCUUGUUCCUAUUAAUACCCCUAUAAAAACGGAUUGUAUUACUAAUCUGAGCAAAUCUAACAAGCUAGAGAAAAAUAUAUAUGAAGUGAUUGAACUUAUUAAUGCUACACUUAUACAAAAAGAUAAAAAAAGUUUCUUAUAUAAAACUUUUUAUAUGAGAAUAUGUGAUUGUUCACAUAAAUACAUGCCUUAUCAAAAUAUAGUUGUAAAGACCUUUAAACUUGGGGGAGUUAAUAAAAGCAACAAAUAUAAGGGGAAAUGUAGCAUAUGCUUUACCAAAGAAUAUGAAGAAAUAAUCAUAAAAAGAAAAUUCAUAAAUUUUUAUAUCUUAACAUUUUCAUUUACCAAAGAGAUGGACGAAUACAACAGCAGAGACGAAUGUAUAACAUUUGAUGUAUUAUAUCACGACGUCAGUGAAAGAAAUGAACUAUUUGAAAAUGGUCUAAAAUACAACUUAAUCGUUGUACCGAUUCCUGAUGAGUUAAGCAAAAAUUGUUAUAAAGGGGCACAUACUAAUACACUUUGGUUGUUAAACUAUAGGGGGCAUGAAAUAAAAAAGUUCGAAAGCGGAAAACUAGCGUUGAUUGGAAAUUUGGACUCAUCCUUAUUGAUGCAAAAAUUUAACUGCUUUAUAAAGGACCAAAAUUUAUGCGAUAUGAAAAAGAUUAUUUUUAAUAUUCUAAAAAUUCCGAAUGAUAAUUUCUGUUUGAAUAAAAUAUGCAAAACGACAAAACUUUCCCUAAUUUUAAUUAGCAUAAGUAGUAAUUUUUUAAAAUAUUCAAAAUUAGACAUAUCAGCAUAUCAUAUAUUUAACAAGAUAAACAUUGGAAAGUCUAUAAAUAGUUGUAGCAUCAAGGAACACCCCUUAAAAAGGAUAAGAGGACCUCAUUGUUUUUUCAUAUGCUCAGAUGAAAUAAUAAUGACAGAAAUAGUUAAAUUUUGCAACUAUUUUUGCAAUAUUAAAAUGUUAAAUGUGAAAGUUGAUUCGUUUAGUAUAUUGUUAACACAAAAAUAUGACAUAUUAGUUAUAAAUAUAAAUAAUUUUAGUAGUUCUCAAAUUUAUGCACUAGAAGAAAUAUUAAAAAAUGGGGUAUACAGAAAUAAAAAACAUUCCGUUCCUAUUUCAACAACCUUUUGGGUCUAUGCUGUAAAGCCAUAUAUCCGAAGCGAAUCUGAAUUUAAUACAUAUAUAAAGGGAAAUUUGUUAGCGCGUUUUGAUUUUUUGUUUGAUCUAAACUUUGAAGACGAUGAUGAGAUUAUCGAUGAAAUAUUACGAAUGACAGAUAAUGAUGAACAAAAAAAAACAUUUGAUUAUUAUUUUGAUUUAAAUAAUGAAUAUAAUUAUUUAAAAAAAGGUAAUAUCCCAAAUUAUGAAUUUACUGAAAUGAGUGAUAUAUCUGAAUCGAUAAUACAAAAGUAUUUUCAUAUGGCAUCAGAUUUAUCAACCCUAACCAUACAUCAUAUAGGAAUUUGUGAAUUGCUGUGUAUCAGUAUUUCGAUUUUGUUAAGAAAAAAAGAAUGCUCAAUUGAACACGUGGUUUUAGGAUUGUUUUUAUACGAUAGAUUUGUAUCUUCCACAAAAAAUAAAUUAACUCAGUUUGAUAAAAAUAUUUUAAGUGAUAUAAUAAACUCAAAAUCAGAUGAAGAUAAUUCUUUUUACAAACUAAUGAACUAUUUUUCUUCAUAUUUAAACGCAACAAUGAAUUUGUAA